GUGUAGCUGCCACUGUCACUGACAGGUCUUAAAUUCACCCCUGCAGUGCGCCGGGAGCCUGGCUGAUGCCGGUAACUUCUCUGCCAGGUCUGGCCAUUGAAAGUCUCUCGAGACUGGGGAACGAAACAGACGUUGAAGGUUUCUGUUGGUUUUACAUUAAGGAAGGACUCCUCUUUUUAGUUGGUUUUAAAAAGAGCUGGUAGGAGAGAGAGCCAUCCUCACAGUGGAACCCGGUUCUUUCCUCUGAAGUUACAGCUGCCGUAAACCCAUCUCCAUCGGACAUGGCCACCAGCGGCUUUCACUUUGUACCAUGCGAGACCAAACGGACCUCCAGACAGCUUGGAGCAUCUGCUAUGGGAAGACCUGAAGGUUCAUCAGCCAAGGUGGAUCUCAAGAGCGGCCUGGAGGAGUGUGCAGAGGCACUGAACUUAUUUCUAAGUAACAAAUUUAAAGAUGCCCUAGAGUUGCUACGUCCAUGGGCCAAGGAGAGCAUGUACCACGCCUUGGGCUACAGCACCAUUGUGGUGUUGCAGGCUGUCAUGACCUUCGAGCAGCAGGACAUCCAGAAUGGCAUCUCUGCCAUGAAGGACGCUUUACAAACCUGCCAAAAAUACAGGAAGAAAUGCACAGUUGUCGAGUCUUUCUCAAGUCUCCUUUCUCGAGGGUCCCUGGAACAACUGAGUGAAGAGGAGAUGCAUGCUGAGAUCUGUUACGCCGAGUGUCUCCUACAGAAAGCAGCACUCACAUUUGUGCAGAGAGUGCCUUUCCAUCCUGCACGUCAUUCAGAAGAACAAACAAGAGCAGCACUUCUUCUAUGAGUUUGAGGGAGGAGUCAAGCUUGGAACGGGGGCCUUUAAUUUGAUGCUCUCUCUUUUACCAGCAAGAAUCAUCCGGUUACUAGAAUUUAUUGGAUUUUCUGGAAACAGGGACCUAGGCCUUCUGCAGCUCCGGGAAGGCGCAUCAGGAAGCAGCAUGCGGUCCCCGCUCUGUUGCCUUACCAUCCUGGCCUUCCAUACCUACAUCUCCCUCAUUCUCGGUACAGGAGAAGUGAAUGUUGUGGAAGCAGAGAGUCUCCUCGCUCCGUUCCUUCAACAGUUCCCAAAUGGCUCCCUCAUACUCUUCUAUCAUGCCCGAAUCGAGCUGCUCAAAGGGAACACUGAAAAGGCUCAAGAAACAUUUCGAAAGUGCAUUUCAGUUCAAGAAGAGUGGAAACAGUUUCACCAUCUCUGUUACUGGGAAUUAAUGUGGAUUCAUAUAUACCAACAAAAUUGGAUGCAGGCGUAUUACUAUUCAGACCUACUUUGCAAAGAGAGUAAAUGGUCCAAGGCAACAUAUGUGUUCUUGAAAGCUGCUAUUUUGAGCAUGCUUCCAGAGGAAGAAGUGGCAGCGACUAAGGAGAAUGUGGUGUCUCUGUUUAGACAGGUGGAUGGUCUGAAGCAGAGAAUCGCGGGGAAAUCUCUCCCAACAGAGAAGUUCGCUGUGAGGAAGGCGCGGAGGUACUCACCCCCGUCAGGCGUCCCCGGAAAGCUGGUGAUGCCAGCCCUGGAAAUGAUGUACGUCUGGAAUGGCUUUUCAAUAGUGGGAAAAAGGAAGGACCUUUCUGAAAAUCUCUUGGUGACUGUGGAGAAGGCUGAGGAGGCAUUGCAGAAUCAAGACUUUACUGACUACUCUGUGGAUGAUGAAUGCUUGGUGAAAUUACUGAAAGGAUGCUGCCUCAAGAACUUGGAGCGGCCCUUGCAAGCUGAGCUGUGUUUCAACCACGUUGUGGAAAGUGAAAAACUAUUGAAGUACGACCACUAUCUGGUGCCAUUUACGCUGUUUGAGUUGGCAUUUUUGUAUAAAAGCCAAGGGGAAAUUGACAAGGCCAUCAAGGUCCUAGAAACUGCAAGAAAUAACUAUAAGGAUUACUCCCUGGAGUCCAGGCUACACUUCAGAAUUCAAGCAGCUCUUCAUCUCUGGAAGAAACCUUCCACGGACUGAUCCGGAACACACAGGAUGGAUCUUCCCCCCCGGUUAACAUUGACUCUUGCUAUGGAGAUCACUCUCUGUGUCAAGGUGGACCCAUGAUCCAUCAAAUAAGAAACAGAAAGCCUGCUGUCAGCCACUUCCUGUCAUCGGAGUGGCGUACUGUUUGGUCUACAUACUUUCCCCUCUGGAAUGACAUUUAAUACUAUACAGAAAUUCUUAUACUCUGCCUUCACUGUAGAUUUCAAUUGAGGGGGUGAAGUCUUUUAAAAGACUGGCAGGUACAAUAAAGCCUAGUUAGAUUAUUUAUUUUUUUAAUGUAAAAAUUAAUAUUGUUCAAAUAGCAAAUGGCUUUAUCAGCUGAGCCAUUUUUAGAUUGGCUUGUCCUUUAAACUUCAGAGAUAUUUUACUGCUGUUUAAAUCUCUGAGAGUAAAUAAAUAUCACAUCUAUAAUAGUAUGACAGUGGGUUUCUGAAGAUUCUGGAAGAGAGAAAUGAGGGGCCUGAGGUGGGUGAAGUAUUCCUAGGCAGAAGGGACUUGUAUCUCAGCAAGAUGUCACAGUUGUAAGUUUCAGGAUUUCCAGUCCUCUCAUUGGUUGAAGGUGGUGGCAUUUUUCAGAAACUAUCCUGUAUUUGAAUGUACUCAUAUCAGAUCCAAUAAUAGCAUUCAAUCACAUAGACACAUUUCUCAUGUAUCUAAGGGAAUAAAAAGCUGUAUUUUAGAUCUCCCUAAGCUUAGUGCUGAAGCCUGAACUACAGACUUCCAUUGUGUUUCUUACAGGAAGGAGAAGCUCCUGUUGCUGUGAGUGAUAUGUGACAUGUCAGUGAUUGUUUACAGUCAUGAUGCUGCUGACCCAGGGCCAUGGCUGCAUCUUGGUUCUCUGAGUAGGAACCCGGAUCAGAGCCUGAGCAGAUGCCCUUCUGGGGUCCCCACACCUGUCAAUCACCCUUUGUGAAUUAGAAAGAACACGCUCAUUUCGAGAAACAGAAAAGGCACAGAUGGCUUUAAUUUCUCUUUGAAUUGUGUAACUGUGAGUCUCUGUGUUAGACACUUUCAACAAUGCUUAGCAUUAAUCCAAACUCUUCCCAUUAGAAUAUAGUUUCUUCAACCCCUCGCUCUCCUCCCAAUCAACGGCCUAUCAAUAGUGGGUGUUACAGCUGAGGGCCAGACUCCACCCAGUGACAAAAACCAGUUAGAGUCCAUGGACCUGGGCUUUUGUCUUGUUUCUAUUAUUUCCAAGACCAGUAACUUCUCUAGAGGGUAGAUGGCUCCACCUUCCCUCGUCAGCGCCCCAGGUUUGUAGUUCUGAGUCUUUCUCUGUUGGUUAAUAGUUAACAACAUAAAGCAAAUAACUUACCUUUUCCAGGACUUGGGUUUUCCAGUGGGAGAGGCAAGGUAGCACUCACUGCCUGCAGCCUCCAGAGCUGGUGCAUUUGGUAGCUUUCUGUAUACUGGGGAAGCUGUACACGGAGGAGUGAGUUUGAUAACUAUGGCCUUGCACAUGGAUUACAAUACCUCUAGUAUCCGCUGAGUCUGUGGUCUCUUGUCUACAGUGAGAUGAACGUGAGCAUUCAUGACCUUUCAGUUUAUUUAUUUAUGCAUUUAGCACUGACAGUGGCCCAGAUUAUGGAGUUGCUCCUGCUGUCCCCGACUGCAGUUCCCCAUGCUCAGCAGGCACUGGUGGCCUGUUACGUAAGGUGCCAUUUCUUAUUCAACAUUGAUAACACGGAGGCAGAAAUCAUUAUAUCUCACUAAUAUGAAUCACACAAUUAGCUACAGAUAGUAGGGAAAUAAAUUGUCAUGAGCUAUAGAAAUAUGUUUAAUAAUUAUAUAUAUAUAUAUGAAGAAAAGUUUAUAAAUUCUUUAGAAGAGCUUUGAUAACGAUAUUUUAAAAACAAUCUAUUCAUACUAUUAAUGUGAUGGGGUGUGGUGGCACACAUUGUUAAUUCUAGCAUUUGGGAGGCAGGGGCAGGCAAAUCUCUGAGUUCGAGGCCAGCCUGGUCUGUUUAUUCAAAACUCAAACCAACCAAACAAAAAGAAUACCCAUAUUUUGUGAGAAACUAUCAAAGCUCAUGGUCUGUAAAUUCCCAUUCUGAUAUUAAAUGAAAAAAAUUAAGCUAAAAAUGACUGUUUUAGAGACUGGAGGGUGUCCCGGCAGUUAAGGGCACUUUCUGCUUUUCCAUAGGACCAGAGUUUGUUUCCCAGCACCCAUGGCAGGCAGUCCUUAACUGUCUGUAACUCCAGAAGAGCUGACACUCGCUCUGGCCUCUGUAGGCACCCAAACACACAUGGCAUGCAUUCACAUAGAAACAUACAUACAUACACAUUAAGUAGACAAUAAAUCAUUUUUUAAAUGACUACUUUUAUACUAUCAAACAAAUCUACUUGUGCUAUUUUAUUUUGUGGUUUUCUUUUGUUUAUAUUGCUCAAAUUCUCUCUGUCAGCACUGUGGACCAUCUAUCAGUGGCUUUAUAAGUACUGCAAUAGAAUUAAUACCACAGAACUUUAUCUAUUUUCUGUCAUGUUCAAGAUACUGUACCGGCACCAAUUUCUUAGGAUGUUUGUAAGAAUCAUCUUUUAAAAUCUGUUGUGAUUUAAGAUGUUUUGUGAAGAGCAAGUGCCUAAGAGACAACGUUAUCUAAUCAUCUUUUUGAGGCCACGGGUAAUAGGCUGGGUUUCCAGUAUGUCUGAUUGCAGUUUCUGUAGCUACCUGCAGAGGCAGUGUUCUGAUCGGUGUUUUGUAAAUGUAAGGAUUGUAUUUCAGAGCCUUGGGAGGGAAAGCCUAAUUUCCUUGGGAGAAUUGAUGGAAGGGUAACUACAGCAACUCCCGAGUAUAUUUGACCACUUGCUCUGUCUGCACAUAGGAGAUGUUCCCUAUUUACACUGCAGACAGUUGAGUGGCCUUCUAGUUGUCCUGAGGACAGGAAGAGACAAGUGGGCAGGAGCUAAGGGAGAUCAAUUCAGAUUCCUGGACACUGCAGCUGUUCGAGCAAUCCAACAGCCCAACCAGCUCCUUGGGAAUGGAGUGAAUUCAGCAGUUCUGGUGACUGUCAUCCCGCCCUGGUCUGAGUGUCUGUCUGGGUUAAUUGAAUUGGAGGUCAGCUCAUUCUACAAUGCUUUGAUCGGGGUCUAAAAUCUGAGGUAGGGAAAGGUAAAAAGCAGGUACCCUCUCUUCAAAUAGAAGCGCAUGUUCCUUGUCAAUCAUUCUACUGUGAUGGGCACUAGUGUCAUCUGCUAUUGUGUUUGUUAUGGGUCUGGCUGGCUCAUCUGUCCUGUGCCAUCUAUUCUGGGUAGAUCCUUGUUAGUAGAGACCCGCACCCUGGACAGUAAAAAUAAUGGAAAAAGUCUUUAUGAUCAAGUGGAAAACUAAUCCUGGAAUUAUUCUGCUUAAUUCUCUGGACAUUUUGUUUUUCCUCUUCCUUUCUUUUCCUUUCCUUUCCUUUCCUUUCCUUUCCUUUCCUUUCCUUUCCUUUCCUUUCCUUUCCUUUCCUUUCCUUUUCUUUUCUUUUCCCACUGGUUUGCCAACUUUGUAUUCCUGAAUCACCAGUUCUGGUGCAUUCAGUUGGAAUUAGUUCAUGAAGUAACUGAAAUUCUAAGCAUUUGUGAUUUAUCAGGUCUAGAAUGGAUCUUAGAAAACUACAUUGUCCCUUUCAGCCUGUGAGCAUGUUGGGCCUGCUGUUCUCUGUCUACUGCAAUAGCAACUUGUCAGCUGUCGCUGCUCUACUCUUGCCGUGGCCAGGGGACCUCCCUCUUACACCAUGUUGUGUCAUACAUCUCUCAGUGGUUUACUUUUUCCAUCCCGUGUACUGGGCAGAUGAUAGAGCUCCGUGGCUUGUUUGAACAUUGGCCUUUACCCACCUCUCACCCCUGUGAACUUCUUGUGUGCCAUCUCAAAGUCUUUAUUUUUAAGAUUACUAGGUUAUUUUAGAAACUAUCUUCGAUGUCACAGCUGUUGGGGUUGUAGAAAUAUUUGUAGAUUUCAUGAGUAAGACAAUUUAUGAAAAAUCUAGUGACCCCUUUGCAAGACUUUGGCAUUAUGGAAAUGCUAACAUUGGUUCUCGUAGCUAGCCCAUUAUACUAUUUAAAGGUUGUUAGGCACAAUUUAUUUCCCUUAGGGAGUAACAUAAAAGGUGACUUAACUAAAUUUAAAUAUUUCAUGCCUUCCAGUUGCCUAUUGUGAAUAUCUUGAGUGUGUGUGCCUAAGCGAUAUACAUAAUACAAGUUUUAAUCUCUUUAAGCAUCUCUUGAUUAGAUGCAGGGGUAGCUCUAAUGUAUCAAUAGACCGGUAUCAGUAAGUAAUAUAAAAUAACCCAUAUUGGAUAAUCCUUCAUGCCCUUUUAGGAUGAAAGCAUUUCUCCGAGUUACUUUCUUCCUCAGAGCCCAGUUGUCUACGUACUUUCCUUUAUGUAUUAGCUGGCCAGAACCCUGCAUCUUUAGUUAGUAUUUUUUUUUGGCAUAUUGUACAUUUGCUGUUAGCUCUUGUUAUUUUAGAAUGCUGAACUUGAAAUAUAAUGUAAAGGGCACAUCAGACUUUAUCAUCAUGGAAGAUAGACUUCACAUUGAAUGGUCCUCUCUGACCUGGACAGCCUUUCACAUGGGGAACAAUUUAAAUCCAUCCCAAUCCAUUUCUAAAACCUCAUUGCUGCAGGAAGAAGCAGCAAGAAGAGCUCUUCUGUGUAUUGAGGUGGCUGAGCAGGUUCUUAGCCUUAACCAUGCAGAAGAAGGAUUCGUGGAUGCAGCCCCAUUCCCUUCUAAUUGCACUGUGUACAGUGACAGAGUCAGCACAGUAUUGCUGCGACAGGACUUUGUGUGCAAAGAUCAAAGCAGCUGCCUUACUGUGUUUAAAUAAUAAAGAAUGUCUGCACAUGCCUACAGGUUGAAUUGAAUUUUAUUUUGUGGUGCUAGAAAUGGACCACGGAGGGCUGGUGUAGGCUUUGGAAGUGCGCUAUACCUGAGCCACAUCCUCAGCCCCAGGUUGAAUAUUGAAUGGAAAAAGUCAAGGUCUGCUAAUAUCAAACUUACUGACAGUAAGUGCACACCGCACCUUGUAUGUCACAGCCCAGUGGUUCUUAGGUUCUGUGUAAUUUAAAGGAUAAAUUUAGGGGACACUGGGUGCAUUUAAUUUUAUUGCACAUUAACUUUUUUUAUUUAAAUAUUUUUAAGGACUUUGAAUUAAAAGUCUUCGUAGUUUGUGUACCAAAAGAAAAGAAAAAGAAAUUGUUUUCAGUGGAACGUAACUGAUAAUGAGAGUAUCUGAAUAACUGAACAUAUUAAGGAAUAUUACUUACAUUUAUCUAGGAAGGAAUUGCAUUAUUCUGAGUUUGAAGUAUACUCAGAUUGAAGGUGUGACUCAUUCUGCUUGAGGAAUCACACACACACACACACACACAAACACCUUACUUUAGUCUUAUCUUAAUGGAGCAGGAGACCCAGGCAGGUCACAGUUUUGGAGAUAGUAGAUGAGUAUAAAUAAUUUUCACAAAUUCCCAUUUUUCCUGAAGUAAUUUUUUCCCCACAGUAGACAGUUAAGUGUUUUCGGUACAGCUCUCCCCUUGCCCACUCUUGUAUUAAACCAAGGUUACCAGCACGGGUGCUAAGUAAGCUCGGGACCACAGAGCACUUGGCCCAAGGGAUUUAUUUUUAACUUGCACAAAAGAGAGAGAUUAUGGUAAACAUUUUAAAUCUCAGGCUCUUGGUUCUGUUGGGUCCAGAUUACCCAAGACCUAGAGAGACUGCGUGUCACUGGCUCGUGCUGUACAGGAAACCACUUAUGGUUGACAGUGGGUUGUGCACCGUCACUGUGUCAUGGGGAUUCCAGAAGCCACGUCUUCACCGCUUUCAUCAGUUUUUCCUUUUGUUGACUGUUGGCAUCUGACCACCUGGGUGAAUAUCAGCUGUCUCUUUAUAGAUUACUAUUUUAAAAUAUUUAUUUCAGAUGUUCAUAGAAUGUUCAAUUUUUUGAUGCAAGUUAUUUACAGAGGCAUAUAUAUUUAAUAAUUGAGAUAUAUUAUUUUAUUGCACAACCUAUUUUCCAAAGCAAAUUUACUUUGUAGGUGUUUGUCUUUUUGUGAAGAAAAAAAUGUUUUUUUCUUUUGCCUCAAAAUACAAGUUGUAAACCUGUCUUCUGGCGUAAGUGACUCUUGUGAUAAUAUUUGCUUUCCGCUUAUUUGUGAACCAGUUUGGAGUUGCCAGUUGAACCCUCAGAGCUCCCCUCUGACCUGGAUUCAGUGCAGUGCUGGUCAAACUUGGCAUUGUUUCCCUGCCUCGGUUUCCUCUCCUCAUUGCACUUGAGUUUGGCCUCCGUUAGUUCGUUUUUCAGCAAUCAGUUUUACAGAGGAAAACCGCCUUAGGAAUUGAAGAGGUUAGAACUCUUUGUAAAUCGAAUGUGUUAUUAACAUCUGUCUGCUAAUAAGUGGAUUAAGGUCUGGUCCUAGAGAAAGAGACCAGCUAGAAAGAACAAGAAAAGUGCAAAUAUUUUUGAUGUAAAUGUUGUGUUCCCGUGACUUUUCAUAUGCUGAUUUUAUGUUAAUGUGAUCACCUGUGAUAUUUAAGUGACCGCAGAUAAAGAUUUAAUUUUCAACCUGAAGACGGCAGGUCCUGUUUCUAUUUUUAAUAUUGAGACAGUUUUGAAAACAGAUGUCGUAUUAUAAAUUGUAUUUUUAAGUGGAAAUAAAUCAAUUUGAAAGUCAGUGUUUUCCUUUUCUUUGUCCCUUACAGAAGGCUCUGUGUUAUUAGAUAUAUAUUUAAGUUGCCAGAUUAUUUUCAGAAUUCUCUAUUUUCAUAUCGCUGUAACCAGUUUGCCUACAAUGUGCAAUUGAAUUGUUAUUUAAUAAAUGACACGUGAUGGGA